GCCAUUUCUGGAUGCAGCAUUGGCUGCGCAGUGAGAGCAGAUAAGGAAAGAGAGAGCGUCAGAGUUGUGUCUUUCUGGCUGUGCAGUCUGGUCUAGGUGCCCUACUGACAGCCCAAAGAUUGAUGGAUAAAGCUGUGUAUCGCACAUAACAUCAAUUCUGUCCCACUUUCUCUUUCAUUCUGAGUCUCACUCCCUCAUCACUCCUCCCUUCCCCUCUCUCUCCUUCUCUCUCUCUCCCCCUCCCUCUCUUCCUCCUGCCGCUGCUCCAGGUCCCUCGCUGGUCCCUCUCUUCCGUAUUAGUUUCCAAAAGGCAUCUCUAAUGCUGCCAGAGAGCGCGCUGUGAGGCAGCAAGAAAGCAAGGCGAGCGGAUUGCUAUCUUCGUGACAGCUUUUCCACUUGGAAGGCUGCGUGUGAGCCAGGGAACUGGACUGGACUGUGGUGUUUCGUGGAGGAGGUGGGAGGGGAGGUGGAGGAAGGAGAACUGGGGGGCAAGCUGGACAGAUGGAGGACGGCACCCAACAACUGGGACACUGCAUGGUUGACAUGAAAGAGCUGAACGCCAACCCUGAAGGACUGACCGCUGCCGGUGUUUUUCUAACUCCCAAGCUGCCUCAGGUGGAGUUCAGCCUUGCCUGUAAUGAUCUGGUGGCCUCGGGCAGUGACAGGAAGCCCAAUGCUUUGGUCCAGGUGGCAGUCAUAGAUCCCCACAAGCAGCACCUCGUCUCUCAUGCCUGCACAGAGAUAGUGGAGGCGAACAAAGACCCGCUGUUCCUGACGGGGGUGACCUUCCCUUCAGAGUAUCCUGCUAGCCCAGAGACACUAGUCAAGCUAACUGUGUAUGAUGCAAAGGACAAGAGCCAGGAAUCAAGCAGCUUCCUGGGCAGUGCCACAUUCUCAGUAGGCGAUCUGCUGAGGGCUAAAGAUGAACGACUGACCUUGAGUCUCAGGUCAUCUGAUGGCGUGUGUGCAGCAGGAUCAGUGGUGGUGAGUCGUCUGAAAAUGGGGGAGAUGGAAGACGUUGACGUGGACCACAUCACCACCGAGAUACCAUCACACAAGUGUCCCUUGGUUUAUGAGUCUGCGUCCCAUGCCUGCAUCGACCGGGAGAAUAACCCGCUGACAGGUCCAGUGUUCAAGAACCCAAUAUGCAAGGUGUACAGAUUUCAAACAGUGGACAGCAAGUGGAUGCUUGUGCGAGAACAAAUGGAGGAGUGCACGUUGUCCUUUAGCAUCCCCAAGCAGCUGCUCUCACUGUAUAUUCAGGAGGACAUGAGCAGGGUGCAGGACCUGAGAGAGCUUGGCGAGCUUUCUCCUCACUGGGACAACUUAAGAAAAGAGGUGAUGACUCGAUACGGAGGAAUCAUCAACUCCUACCAGGAGACUUUGGCUGAACUGGACAAGAUUACUGGUCGUUCAUUCAAGCCAAGCUGCUGCAAAGCCCAGAAAUCUCUGGAGUUCAUCCCAAUAAACCUGCACACCCAGAGGAUGAGAGUGACGUGCCCCAGAAAAACAGAGAUACUCGGAGGGCUCAGACGGGGUGGUUCUAGUUCAUCGUCCAGGUUGAAAGAUGCAUUCUACGACAUUGUCACUGUCGGCGCCCCUGCAGCCCAUUUCCAGGGGUUCAAGUCUGGUGGUCUGCAGCGUCUCCUUACCAGAUAUGAAACAGAGAAAAAGAGCUUCAGCACUGCCUACCAGUGUAUCUACUACUCCCCAGAGCACACAGCUAAAGCUCAGGAGGUACUCAGCACCAUGAGCCUCCUCCUGCCCCUCAUCACAAGCUUAGCAGACCAGCUCCUCCAGGCUGCCCAGGAGCACUCUUCUCCUGGUCUGAGGGAUGCACUCAAGAACCUUUCUGACAAGACGGAACAAUUUGUUCACACACUUAAGGAUGAAUUGGUCAAGAGUGCACUACUGGCACUGCAUGCAGCGCGGCCCGGAUACGUUUCCAAGCACCAGAAGCAAACCCCGGUGCUGGGAGGCCAACAUCAAGGCCACAUCCUCCAGGGCAGUGACCAGAAUCCGAGCCCAGUCCAGGGACUUCCAGGUCACAGUCCGGCCACGUCGAUCACUGACAGCACAGCCGUGUGUAAUAAUGUGGAAGGAUUACAGAGCACGACUAGAGGCGAAGGUGGGCCGCUGAAGCACCAAGACUCCAUACCGCACCAUAAAGAGUACGACGAGGAGGAAUGGGACAGGGUGUGGGCCAACGUGGCCAAAUGUCUCAACUGUGUCAUCGCCAUGGUGGAUAAACUCCAGGAGGAAGACAACAGCAAGCAAAACCCAGUCCCUGAGCAGCAGCAGCUAGCUGAUGUCAUCAUCUCACACAAACCCGCAAACAUAAACCGGUUUCACUUUACAGGUGACUGGAGGGAGCAGCUGUGUCCUCUGGUGACCAGGUUAAAGGAGUGUGUGAUGGAGGUGGUGGAGAAGGCAAAGAGAGCCAUGACCUUUGUGCUCCUGCAGGAGGCAGCCUGCAGCAUUCCACAGGGCUUCCUCCUCCAACAGAGGCGAGAUGUGGUCUUCAGUCAGGCACUGGCAGCCCUAGCCUGUGGUUUUGUUAUGAGGCUGUAUGCAGGAAUGCAGGACCAAGGCUUCCUGAGGCAGCUCCACCUGGUUGGCCUGGUGGCCCAGUUUGAGAGUCUGCUCAGCACCUACAGUGAGGAGAUCGGGAUGCUGGAGGACAUGGAGGUUGGAAUCUCAGACCUGCAGAGAGUCCUGUUCCAGAUUACAGAGGCCAAGACAGACAACCUCAGUGACCUCCAGCCUUUAGUGUGUGGCCGACGAGACCACUUCACUGUCGAAGUGCCAUUACCAAGACUGGUUUUCCAGACCUUGCCAGAGGAGAUCAAGGAGGGCAAGCCUCUACGAGUAUUCCCGGUGCUGUUUAACGUGGGCAUCAACGAACAGCAAACAAUAGCAGAGAGGUUCGGAGAUAUCUCUCUACAGGAAAGAAUAAACCAGAGGAACUUUGAGAUGUUAGAGGCAUAUUACAAAUCAUUAAGUGAAAAGGUGCCACUAGCAUGUCUACCAUGUUUUCAGACACAGACUGACAUAAAAGAAUUACUUGAAACCCUGGGCCAGAAUGUAGUUACAAAGAAGAGAAAGAAUGUGGAGAUACUAUGGAUUGCUGGAACGAUCUGCCGAAGGUUAAAUGGCAUCAGGUUUACCAGCUGUAAAAGUGCCAAAGACCGGACAUCCAUGUCUGUCACAUUAGAGCAGUGUGCCCUCCUACGUGACGAACACCAGCUCAGCAAGGAUUUCUUCAUCCGUGCUCUGGACUGUAUGCGGCGAGAAGGAUGUCGGAUUGAGAACGUUCAAAAGAAUAUUAGAUGUAGGAAAUAUGCCUUCAACAUGUUGCAGCUGAUGGCCUUUCCCAAGUGCUACCGACCACCGGAGGGGACCUACGGUAAAGUUGACUCUUGAGGACCUAAGCCACAGUCAUUGUGUGUUACCCAAGUUUUAAAUAUGAAAGCUGGUUAAAAUGUUUAUUGUUUGUAACCCAAAAAACACAUGGCUGUAUUUUACAUUUUGCUGAUUUGCUUUUGGUUGGAUGUGCUAAUCGAUUUCCAAGCUGGAUUUGCCAGACAUGUUAUUUGUAAUAUGAAUGCACUUUCCGUUAUUGCCUUGUUUUAUUUUUCAUGGCCUAAGCAGUGACGAGCGUUGCAGCGGUGUAGAUAAUCUUUGUGUGGAUGUACAGAGUGUUAAUGAUCUUUCUUUAGACUUUAAGCAGUUCAACCAGCAUUUGUGUGCAUGAAUAAUUCCCCUUUUGCUGAAAUGAUAAGUGUGUGUGUGACAACAUAGUAUUAGCUCAAAGGUCCACUUAUUAUCUUUUCUGAGCUAUUUCGGAGGAGAUCCAUUCACUGACAGUGAGCUUAAGUUAAAAGCUUUUCUUUUUUUUUAUAUCCUAGUUUGGGGACCUUUUGAAUCGAAGCAAUAGUUUGUUGAAUACACUGUUCCUAAGGUCAAGAAUGAACUUACAUGCUACAGUGAUUUUUGUGGUAGAAAUACCGCUCUCCCCAAUUACUUGGAAACAAACUGUUUAUAGCCUCAUUCAAUGUUUGGAUGUUCUGAGUUUUACUAUAUGAUGAAACUACAAGAUUUUUGCAGUUCUUGAGCAAUUGUUAUCUACUUUUUGAUGUGAUCACAUAUUUAGGUCCAAACAUUGCCUGUAUUGUUUUGGACUGAUGCAGAUAUAUUUUCCAUUAAUUUGUAAUAAGUAACAUACCAGUAUUUUAAAGCAUAUGUUAAAUCCUGUUUCCUAACUCAUCUUAUUGAGCUUUUUCCAUAAUAUUUUUCAUAUCUCAAGGUACAGGCCAUAAUGAGGAUAUUGGACCAGCGUUUCUGAAUGCGAUAUAUCAAAUUCAAUUAUUUAUUUUUGUAUUCUAAAAUGAUUUUAUACUUUAAGGGUUAAUACCUUGGACUUUAAUGCAUGUUUGUUGUGUUAAACAUUGGACCUUUACAAUUGUUUAUUGUAAUAAAAUGAAAUAAAAGGGAUUGAUGUGGAUAUGUGUGAUUGUAUAACAUACUGUUUACAUUUAAUAUCAUUUAUUUAUAUAAGUGCGUUUAAUGGAACUAAACUGCUACAAGUCAUAAGUGCAGUCUACACAAGUCAUAAUUUAAAUCAUGUGUUGUGCAACUGUGUGCAUUAAAAACAUUCCCAACUUGCAAGAUACAUUCAAGUAAUCCACUCAAAUAGAUGAGGAUUAUAUCAUCUUUGGCAAGAUAAAAUAUAGAUUAUUUACACAAUUUUGUAUCUGAAAUUAAAACACUUGAAUUCCAAACACUUAAUUGAACAAUCCACCAAAUAUUCAAAUUUUGAGUAUCAACUACCUACCGCCUGUAGUCUUGAAAAGGUGGCUUGCUCUUUCGACAGCAGCUGUAGUCAGCUGCAAUUCACAGCAAUAACUUUGUAUUCCAAUGGUUACGCAGGGUCACGGCAAAAAAACUAAAGAAAACGUGUCAAACCAUUCCUGAAGCAUAACUCAGUCUCUGCCCUGCAGCUGUAUGAUCAGUAUGUUCCAAAAAUCCUCCCUUUGACUUGAAUCUUUCACCUUUCAGCAGAUUUCUGGGAUCAAGGUUUGCAAUCUAUCUCUGGAAUGAUGACUGUCUUUGCCAAAUUCCUCAAUCAGUUGUUCAUACAAAUUAACAACUUCUCAUCCAUGCUGGACAUGUUUCAUCAGCAACCGCCAAAUUGAGACCUGAGCCUGACCCCAGACCAGAGGCUAUUUCUGUACUUCAUCAAUUACUGACUGUUGGCUCACCAGGUUAACGCAAUGCAGAACUUUAGAACAAAGAGCUCAAAUACUGAUUUUAAUUUGUUCAUAUCAUCUAUCAUCAUUUUCUUGGCUUUUUAUACUUAAAGGUAACCUGUGGAUUUUUGUUUUUUACCUCUCGUGCAUUAGGGCUUGCAUUUUCUCACAUCUUGACAUCUGCUUUCGGCUAUUCUGCUAAACAACAGUUGGUAACGGAAAUGCACUGACAAACAUAGCAAUGUGCCAACAAAAAGAGUUAGUAAGAAGAAUACUAGCAAAUGAACACUUAUGUAACCAAUGCAAAAAUACAUUUUUUAAGUGUUUUAUCAGGAAGGAAAUGCACUCAGCAUGUUUGCUAGACCUCAAGGAUAAAAACAAUGCACUUUGGUGAGUGCAUUCAGACCAACUUUAGCUUUGCAUGGCUCCCUUAAUCUUUUGAAUGAGGCCAGUUUGUCAAUGCAGGGGGCUUCUGGGUCGCCCAACGCUGCAUCAUCCGGCAUGCUGCUCCGUUGGCCAAUAAAUACAUCCAAGCAUAGACUCCUGAUAGAUUACUUUGUAACAUGAACAUGAACAUGUGGUUUGGUGUCUGAUAGGUCUUUAAACUCUGAACAGGCCUUUCUGGAUCAUAGUUCAUGUCUCAACAGUAUCUGAUGCAACAUGCCCGCACCAACACAGACGCACGCUUGCAUUGAUUUUAUGCAAAGCUGUUUUCAGUCUGAAUGCCCACAAACAUGAAAUAUAAACAAGACUGUUUCUACAAAACAAACUCUAUAAAGCACAUUUAACAAUCACUUGAGAUAAAAACAAAAAAGGCUAAAAUAUAUAGAAUGAAAGACUUUAUAGUUGUGGUAUUAUUUACUGGAUUGAGCAACAAUUCUGAAGAUACUUGAGUUCAUUAGGCAUACACUGUAUAAUAGGUGUCACAUUCAGUAGUGCUUAGCAGUGAGCUUAAUAAUAUUAUACAUUCUGUAUACAGUACAUGUUGCUACUUCCUGUUACUUCUCUCAAAACUGUACUAAAG